GUCGCCGGAGCACACCCAAACCCCAGGUUCCCCGCCCCAACUCAACUUCUCCGCCGCCGACCGCACCGUCUCGUACUCGUGCACCGCGCGCGCCCCGCAGCUUGCGUCAUCCCACGUCCUCGCGCGGUCUGCGCCUUCUUCGCGGCCGCCUCAUCUGCCCGCCCCUCUCCACCAAGGAGCUCGGGCACCGGCUGCCACUGCACGAUCCUGCGCCGGCGACCGUUUGACGCCGCCGCCUCAGCAGCAGCAGCAGCAGCAGCGUGCUACUUCACUUGGCACGCUCUCCUUCUGACUGGGCGCUGAGGGUGCGGAAGCUGGAGUCGUCAUCGAUGGCGACCGUGGAGUAGCACCCCAAAGCUGGCGCGCUUUUCUUGCCGUCCUGCCAGCGCUUCUAGCUUGGUUUCCCCAUGAUCCUCCGCAGCGCACUAAGGGCUGGUCGCAGCCUCCGGCGGGUUCCCCUGGUUCAGCUCAUUGUGGAACACGGUGAGCCGUACCGAGCACCACACCGGUGUGCUACUGAUACCCAGGAUGGUGAAGAAUCAUCGGCUGUUUUGAAUUGGUGGGGGGACACUCCAAUCGGUCACAGGUAUCAGUUGCGGGCUUACUCGCCUGCUCCUGCACAUGUUAGGGAUGAGAAACCCUUGGAUCAUGACGAUGGGGCGGUAAUGGCGGAUAAGGAGGUCAAUCGAAUGAAGAAGAUGCGGGUGUUCUGGACCGCACAGCAGACUUUCAUGGAGUACCUCCAUGUCACACGGGGGCUGAGCUUUCCCGACGCGGAGCAUAUAAGCAAGCACUCACCUGUCUUUGUGAGCAAUCUGCUGCACCAGGUGAAGGAUGCUAUCAAGGACCCUGUGGAGGGGGAUGAGGCAGCGUUCAGGUCAAAGGUGAAGACAAAGGAGAUAAGGGAUGAGAGGGCCACCAAGGCGUUGGAGCGUCUAUUCAGGUAUUAUCCGAUCAAUGAGUUCGAGCCAUUCUUCGAGAGCAUGGGCCUCAAGCCGAGUGAGUACCAACCCUUUCUGCGUCGGGAUCUCAUGUUUCUUUCCGAUGACGAGACGGUGCUGGAGAACUACCGUGUUCUUUGCAAUUAUGGGGUUAUGCGCAAUAAGAUAGGGCAGAUAUACAUUGGUGCUGCGGAGGCUUUCAGUUUUGGUGAUGGUGUGCUUGCGUCCAAGCUCAGAGCUCUUGAGGAUCUAGGGUUCAGUAAGUCCACUGUGAUAAAGCUUAUGGCCUGUUGCCCUGCCGUGUUGACAUGUGGCCCACAUGCCGAAUUGAAGAUCAUAGAGUGGCUAGAUGACAUUGGCAUUCAGAGAGACUGGAUUGGUCAGUUCUUAUCCGUAAAGAAGUCGUAUAAUUGGAGAAAGAUGGUUGAAGUUCCUCAGUUUCUUGCUGAAUUGGGAUUCGAUAACGAGGGUAUUGGUAAACUGAUCAGGCAACACCCAGAUUUCUUGUUGGAUGGCUCUGGAAAUGCACUGUUUAGGGCAGUUGUCAUUAUGCUGAAAGCAGGGUCCGGAAAAGGAGACCUGUUCAAUCUUUUCCUGGACUUCCCAGACGUACAGGCGAGGAGUUUUGCGAGGAACAUACAGAGCGUUACGCUAUUCUUAACUGACAUCGAUGUGAGCGAGGAGGAUAUUAAGAAGUUCGUGGUAGCGAACGCCUCGAUGCUCGGUUCCGCUCGGGUGAAGAAGGCAAACAGCAUCCUUACAUACCUCAGCGUGGGGAAGAAGCGUCUGUGGAAGAUCAUAAGGGAAGAGCCACGCCAACUAAUGAAAUACACACUAGGGCUAAAGGUCAGCCGCCUGCCGCCUUGCGACGAAAUCGCCGAGAAGUCACUGAAGGAGAAGGUGAAGUUCCUGAAGAACGUAGGGUUCGCGGAAGGCUCCAACGACAUGAACAAGGCGUUGAAGGCCUUCCGCGGCAAGGGCGACGAGCUACAGGACCGGUUCGACUUCCUGGUGAACGCUGGGUUCGAGCCCAAGGACGUGUCGCACAUGAUCAAGGUGGCACCGCAGGUUCUGAACCAGAAGACACACGUCCUCCAGUCCAAGAUAUCGUUCCUUGUGAACGAGACGGCGUACCCUCUGAGCGUUCUGGUCGGGUACCCCGCGUUCCUGUCGUUCACCAUAGAGAGAACCAAAGCCAGGUUCCUGAUGUACGACUGGCUGCGAGAAAGAGGGCUGGUCCCUCCGAACUUCGCACUGUCCACCUUGUUAGCCUGUUCGGAGAAGCGGUUUUUUAAGUAUCUGGUCCUGAAACAUCAGAAGGGCCCGGAGGUCUGGGAGAAGCUCAAGAAGGAGGUGGCUGCAGACAAAAACGCGCACUGUGCUUCAGAGGAUGAUCAGCAUGCUAUUGUUUCUUGAGCAAUUAAUUUUUUUAUGGAAAAGGCAGUGGGGGUGUCUUUUCGUGUUUUGAUUAAUGAACGAUGUACAUGGACGGUAGAAACUGAUAUUG